ACAGACCCCGAUAAAUGGUUCUUUUGCGUAAGUCGUGACAACCCAUCUGAUGCUUUGACGAGAGGUAUCAGUAUCGAUCAGCUGUUAGAAAACACAGCUUGGUGGUAUGGCCCUACAUUUCUGAAAUCCGUGAACAUUUAUUCUACUGAUCAUCUUUCAGUGGUUCCCGAAGAGGGAGCAAUCGAUAAAGAACUAAAACCGAACUUAAAAACUGAACCAAAUGAACAUUUAAUGAACUUGAUUGCGAGAAAUGAAAAUUCUGUUUUUGAUUGCAUACUUAAUAAGUCAAAUAAUUAUAUGAAACUUAUUCGUAUUGUAAGUUUUCUUUAUAGGUUUAUUUAUAAUUGUAAAAAUCCAAAGUCCAAGAAAAUAGGUCCUUUGUCUAUUGAUGAAUCUGCUAAUGCAGAAAAUUGGUUAAUACGUUCUCUCCAGGAAGGUGAGUUUUCUGAUGAGUUUAAAAGGUUAACAAAUGGUAAACAAGUUCACAGCAGAAGUAAACUUUCCUCUUUAAAUGUGUUUUUGGAUAAAAAUAAAGUAAUGAGAGUAGGGGGGAGACUGUCCCACGCAGAUUUAUCUUAUGCAACCAAACAUCCUAUGGUUUUACCUGCAAAACAUCCUUUAACAAGUAUAAUUUUAAGAAAUGUUCAUCUUAAAUAUCUUCACGUAGGUCCCCAAGCUCUUUUACAUCAAGUUAGACAAAAAUUUUGGCCGCUAAAUGGCAGGAAUAGCUGUAGGAAAAUUGUUCGUAACUGUGUGAUCUGUUUCAAAAACAGACCUGUUACUGUUAGUCAAAUCAUGGCUGAAUUGCCUAAAGACCGGGUAAAUCCUAGUUAUCCCUUUUUUGUCACUGGGAUAGAUUUUUGUGGUCCUUUCUUUAUCAAAUUUAAAAACCAAAGGAAGGGUGUAUUAAAUAAAGUGUAUGUUGUUGUUUAUGUUUGUCUAAGUACUAAAGCAAUACACCUGGACUUUGUAACUGAUAUGACUACACAGGCUUUUAUAGCAAGUUUGAAACGUUUUUUCGGCAGGCAAGGAAAAUGUUCAAAAAUCAUUACCGAUAAUGCUAAAACGUUCGUUGGUGCCAAUGUCGAAAUCAAGCGAUUGCAAAAAAUGGUUAGAAUUCCUGAUGAAAUUUUGUCAAACUAUUUUCUAACAGAAGGUAUUCAGUGGAAUUUCAUUCCUCCUAGAUCGCCCAAUUUUGGUGGCAUUUGGGAGGCCGGGGUGAAAUCGUUCAAAUUCCAUUUAAAAAGAGUGAUUGGCAGUCAAAAUUUAACCUUAGAAGAAUUUAUUACAAUUUUGUCAGAAAUCGAAGGUGUUUUAAAUUCCCAGCCUCUCAUACCAAUGUCAUCAGAAAUGGACAAUUUUGAAAUAUUAACACCAGGUCACUUUCUUAUUGGCAGACCUAUCACUACCCUUAGUGAACCACAAUUGAUUGAUGUUAAGGAAAACACCCUUUCUAAGUGGCAAAGAAUUACCAAAUUUAGUCAACAAAUUUGGAAGUUAUGGAAAAGGGAUUACUUAACCCAUUUACAACAGAGAAAUAAAUGGAGAUUUAGCAAAAAUGAUGUUAAAACAGGGACUCUUGUUCUCAUUCGAGAAGAAAACUUGCCAUCGACAAAAUGGUGUGUUGGCAGAAUUAUUGAAACGAACAUUGGUCGUGAUAAUAGAGUUCGAGUAGUAAAAUUAUGUUUGCCAAGUGGAAGCACACUAGUAAGAAAUGUUAGAGAUGUUUGCAUUCUUCCAGUUGAAGAAAACUGUUUAAUUUUUAUAUAUAGCUUUGGAAUUAGGAGGUUUAUUAGUUUGUGCUUGAGUUUAAAUUCCGAAAGCUGUUUACAUUCAAGGCUACUGAUAUUGUUUCCAUAUCCUCUCUUCAAUGCAGCAAUGAGUUCAGCUUUGUUAGCGGGCUCUAGUGUAGGUGCCCAGACCGAGGUGCCCUAACAACAGACUGCCUUGAGAUAGCUGGAGCAGCCGGCGCCACUGGGAAUCAACAUAUACCACGAGUCUGUGCGACGAGCGGGGAAGAGCCAAGAGAACAAGAAUGAAUGGACGCGCUGGAAAGCCGCCCGAAUAGUUUUCGCUGUGAAAUGCCGCCGUGAUUGAUAAUGUAGAAUUGAUCUUUGAUUUCAUAAUUGUAAAUAGCUGUUGUAUAUAGGUUCUAGUAUUAAUUAAAAUUUCCUUAUGAGUGCUAAUUGGAAUCAUUCGUUGAGUGACAGGGUCUUUAGUGUCAAGAUCAGAACCCAUCGGAUCCCACAUUAGUAUUAGAGCUGAACAUUGAAAACAAUUACUCAGGAUAUACAAUGAAGAUCUAUUUGAAAAAUGGAUACCUAUGCCAGAUACGUUACCGGCUUGUUGCUUUGCUAGGCCAC